AUCUGGCAGGAGAAACUAAUGCCCUGGAGACGACUAUACCAAGAGGGAAUUGGAGGGCACCGGGCAGGUGCAAUCGGCGGGUCACGUGCCCCGCCAAAAUUUUCCAUGGCGCACGGUCGCAGAGUAAAAGCCAAGGCCCGUUUCUCGCCUCCAUCUCCUCCAGCCCCACAGUAAAAUACAUGAAGAUGGCCACGUUCCUCUCCAAAUUCACCAAGCUUCCCCUCAGAGACGUCUCGAAAGCCGUGGACUCGGCUUUUCCCGAAUUGUCCGCGGAGGGAAAGGCGCUUGAGGCCCAGUUCCACACUCUUUCCAGUAGAUUGGACGAGCCCGAGACCUUGGAGAUCUUGAACAACGACUUGAGAAGCAAGACGUUUGUGGCCGGAAACGCGCCCGCCAAGGUGGAUGUGCAGCUCUUCUCCAAGGUUUUGCCUGUCGCUCAGCAGUGGAAAUCCGCCGAGGAAUACGCCAAGUUCAGACACAUCUUGAGAUGGGCGGACUUGGUGCAGAACACCUUGGUCGAGGUGCCUGAGGCCGAGAAAUUGAAGGUAGACGUCGACGCCACUGUGGCCAGAGAAGUCAAGGAGAAGAAAAAGCCCGCCGACAAGGCUGCCGGUGCCGAGAAAACGGGUGCCAAGGCAGCUGCUCCAGAAGCCGCCAAGGAAAAGGCUCCGCAGGACAAGAAAGUCGGAAAGGGCCAGGCCAUUUCCGAGGCCGACAAGAAGGCCAGCGCUGAGGCUGCCAAGGCCAAGAAGGAGGCCAAGGCAAAGGCCAAGGCCGAGCAGCAGGCCAAGCAGCAGGCCGCCGCCGUGCCUCCUAACCCAGGCAUGAUUGACUUGCGUGUGGGCUUCAUCCAAAAGGCCGUGAAGCACCCGGACGCAGACUCCUUGUACAUGUCGACGAUCGACAUGGGCGAUGCCGAGGGUCCCCGGACUGUGUGCUCUGGGUUGGUGAAGUACAUUCCCUUGGAGGACAUGCAGGAGAGAUACGUGGUGUGUGUGGCCAACUUGAAGCCUGUGUCCAUGAGAGGCGUCAAGUCGUGCGCCAUGGUGUUGUGUGCGUCCACCGAGGACACCGUGGAGUUUGUCAACCCACCUGCCGGGUCCAAGCCCGGCGACAAGCUUUUCUUCGAGGGCUACAACGCGGAGCCUGAGAAGCAGUUGAACCCUAAGAAAAAGGUAUGGGAGGCUGUGCAGCCUGGGUUCUCCACCACCGAAACUUUCGAUGUUACUUACACCGUUGAGGGCAAGGAGCCAGCGAGAUUGGUCAACGCCCAGGGCGAGCCAUGUAGGAACUCCACGCUCGUGAAGGCCGACGUGAAGUAAGCUUCCGCGGAUUCCGGGCCGAAGACACUGCUGUGUGCUGGCUGAGGGGGGGGCGCUGAUCGAAAAGAUAGUUGUAAUGAGAACAAGUUAUAGUGAAUGUGACAGAACAGAAAUAUGUGAGAAGGGAGCAGUGGCACAUGGAGAACCCAGGCAGAGCUGGUGCGGGCUCAGUCUUUGCCGUGUGCAAGGACACUGCUUCCCGGAUAGCAGACACCUAAUUAACGCAGGUGGGCUUCGUGGGUUCCUUUCCUAGAUGUAUCUUGACGUCAAGUUGCGAUGUUUGGCAGGUUUUCUAGACAUCUUCACAGCCACGUGAAGACCCUCUACGAUUUGUUUGGUGACGGUUUAAGUGUUACGAGUGACAA